AUGUCAUCAAGUCGCGACAACACACUCGUUGAUGAAAUCGCUGACUGCUGCGCUGGGUCUCACCGUCGUCCGCCUCCGGGACCACCGACGACCACAGCCGUAACGGGGCUCUUCUCCAGGCUGGACCAGCAUAAAUUUCGGUGUUUGUUACCCGCUGACAGAGGUGAAGCUGGCCUUAUCAGUUGCAGAGGAGUCUCGACGUCAGCGGGUAUCAGAAGUGACGCUGUUGGGAAGAUCGAGUCAACACAUUAUCAUCUUAUUUACACAUGCAAGGUUUGCUCCACUAGAUCCAUGAAGAAGAUAUCCAAGCUGGCGUACCACAAAGGUGUAGUGAUAGUGACAUGUCCAGGAUGUAAGAAUCACCACAUCAUCGCCGACAAUCUCAGCUGGUUCUCUGACCUGGAAGGGAAAAGAAACAUCGAGGAAAUCCUUGCUGCCAAAGGAGAGACUGUGAAGAGGGUUGAGGGAAGUGCUGCUUUGGAGAUAGUAGUGGAUGAAACCAGCAAAGACAAAUCACAAUGUAGUGAAGACACCGAAAAAUCAGACAGUGAUCCAGAAAAACAAUAAUGCCAUGUUUGUACUAUAUGUGUAUAUUGCAAGAUGUUUAUAUUUAAUCCAAUAAUAAAUGUAAAUCUUUUUUAA